AUGGCUGGUGCUUAUGAUAAUGGAGGUAGCCAUUGCCGACUAAUCAUCGUCUUCUUCCUCGUGCUCCUUCUUCCAUUGCAAAUAUCCUUCGUGGUCUGUCAGCAGAGCGCAGCUAAAAAGCUCUACGUGGUGUACCUAGGUGAAAAGCAGCACGAUGAUCCAGAACGAACUACAGCUUCGCACCAUGACAUGCUCACUGCUAUCCUUGGAAGCGAAGAAGAAGCCCACGAUUCGAUGAUCUACAGCUACAGGCAUGGCUUUUCUGGGUUUUCUGCCAUGCUUACUGAAUCUCAAGCGUACGACAUUGCAGAGCUACCUGAGGUACGCAGCAUAAAACUCAGCGUUGUUCACCCAAUGCAUACAACUCGUAGCCAGGAAUUUAUUGGAUUGGACUACACCAAACCAAAUGGUCUACUUCAUGAUGCAAACUAUGGAGAAGGGGUCAUCAUUGGAGUAAUCGACUCAGGUAUCUGGCCGGAGUCCUCAAGCUUCCGUGAUCAUGGGCUAGGUCCUGUGCCUUCCAAAUGGAAAGGCAUUUGUCAAGCUGGAGAAAAAUUCAGUUCUAACCAGUGCAACAGAAAGAUCAUUGGAGCUCGAUGGUAUGUCAAUCAUCUGACACCAAAGGAUUUUGAGGGCGAGUACAAGUCAGCUAGAUGUGCAAACGGCCAUGGAACACAUGUGGCGUCCACUGCAGCUGGUGCCCUGGUGCCAAACGUUAGCUUCCAUGGGCUUGCUGCCGGUUAUGCAAGGGGUGUGGCACCAUAUGCACGGAUUGCCGUAUACAAGGCCUGCUGGAAAGCAUUGGGUUGCGACGAUACGGCUGUGCUGCAAGCUAUUGAUGAUGCCAUACAUGAUGGCGUUGAUGUGCUGUCCCUGUCCAUUGGUCUGGCCGAUUUUGAGUUCUAUGGCAGUCUCCACGCUGUGCAGAGCGGCAUAACUGUCGUCUUCUCCGCAGGGAACACGGGCCCUGCUCCUAGGACCGUUGCGAAUGCAUCCCCCUGGACCAUAUCAGUUGCAUCAACCACAAUAGACCGCACUUUUCCCACUGUUAUCACCUUUGCCAACAGCUCCAGUGAUAUUGUGGGUCAAUCAUUGUUCUAUGAAACUGCCGGUGAAGACAACUGGUAUGAGAUCUAUAGCACCAGUUGCUUCAAUGGCACUUCCAUCAAUAUUAAUGCAACCCUUGCUUCAGGGAGGAUUGUGUUCUGCUAUUCGCCUAGCCUUGUGUCCCUAGUUCCCCCGGGCACCUACUUGCCAUCUAUUGCUCGCGCAGCGAAGAAAUUUGGAGCGAAGGGGAUCAUAUAUUCCACAUAUUCUCUUGAUAAUUUGGUCAUCAUACAAGAGUUAUGUGGUAGCAUUCCGUGUGUUUUGGUGGACUUUGAUGCAUUCCAUGUAUUGGAAAAUGCUCUUGAAAACACAACACCAGUAUUGGCUAGAUUUACUCCUACUCGUACAUGGAUUGGAGGUGAAGUGCUUGCUCCAAGAAUCUCAACGUUCUCCUCUAGAGGACCUAGCCCACUUUUGCCACAAUUCCUCAAGCCUGAUGUUGCAGCACCUGGAUCUGAUAUCCUAGCCGCUGUCCAAGAUUCAUACAAGUUCAAGUCAGGAACUUCAAUGGCAUGCCCACAUGUGUCUGGUGUAGCCGCACUACUCAAAGCAUUGCAUCCAGAAUGGUCUCCAGCUAUUAUCAAAUCAGCAAUAGUGACGACAGCAAGCAAUGACAGAAAUGGUUUUCCAAUAUUGGCUGAUGGCCUGCCUCGAAAGAUAGCAGAUCCAUUCGACUUUGGUGGUGGCUUCAUUGAUCCAAACAGAGCAAUGGAUCCCGGCCUAGCAUACGAUGUUGACCCAAAAGACUACACCUCAUACUUUGAUUGUUUUUCUGCUUCAAAUUCAAGCUGUGAAUCUGAAUCUAGAAAUUUGAACCUUCCAUCAAUUGCGAUACCGAAUCUAAAAGCAUCAACAACUGUGCUAAGGACAGUGACAAAUGUAGGCCAACCUGAUGCCGUUUACAAAGCUAUUGUGCAAUCUCCUCCUGGCAUGCAGAUAUCAGUUGAGCCGGCCAUUCUAAAAUUCUGCCAAGGAAAGAACAAGCAGAGCUUCAAGAUCACCUUCACCUUGUCCCACAAGGUUCAAGGGGGCUACCUGUUUGGGAGCCUAGCAUGGUAUGAUGGUGGUGUUCACCAUGUCAGGAUCCCAAUUGCGGUUCGACCAGUGGUAUCUGAUAAUUAUGCAGAUCUUUAA